UAAGAAUUUAUUGUACAUUCAUCUGGCUGUGAAUAUCGAUGAUGACGCAUUCAUCAUUCAAAAUUUGAAGUGGGAUUCGUGGGAACCCAACGUCUAUGGUUCUUCAAUUUAACUAUUGAACCCCAAAUCCAUCUCUCCCUCACACUCACACACUCACACACACAGAGAAGCACAAAAAGAGAGAGAAAGAAACGAAAAUGUUGGUAGCGAAGCAAUCAUACGAGGAAAGCCAUGGCAACAGAGUGGAAGUGAAUAAGAAGAGAAUGGAAGCCCUCAAUCUCCGUCUGCUUUCUCAAGCUCUCAAAACUUCCUCUUCUCCCAAACCCUCUCCUACGAAGCAGGCCAAACCCCGUGUGGUGCAGAAGCAAUUGGUCGUGGUUAGGAGGUCCACUCGCUUUGCCAACAAGCCUGCACCUAUUUACAAAGAAGUUGCUGUGGACCGCGUGGCAAUACCCAGAAGGAUUUUUGGUAGGAAAAGGAAUUUGUCGAACCUGGUACUUGCCUCGUCUGAAGCCGUAGCAGAAGCUGAAGAGAAAGCGGGAAAAUUAGUAUGGGGUCUACCACCUGGUUGUCCAAUAUUUACAAAGUCAAUGCAGCCAUAUCAUGUCGCUGGUGGAGUUUGGCUGGGUCUUCCAUCUAAUUUCUCCGAGCGGAACCUUCCAAGUCAUGAUGCUGUUAUGACUUUGAUAGAUGAGGAUGGGGAUGGGUAUCCAACAAAAUAUCUAGCCAAAAAAAGUGGACUGAGUGGUGGAUGGAAAGGGUUCGCCGUUGCUCAUCAUUUGGCAUAUGGGGAUGCAUUAGUAUUUCAAUUAAUCGGGCGAACAACAUUUAAGGUGUGCAUCAUCAGGGUGAAUGGUUCUGAAGAGGGUAAUAAGCUUUGAGUCUUACUUUCUUGGAUGAUGGAUCCAAUUGAAUUAGUACAGGUAUGGGAUUGUAUCCAUUGUUGGUCCUCUGAGUUUUAGUAUUAUCCAUAAAUAUGCUAGAAUUUUGUAUACAGCUGCUUCCUCAUCAUUAGCUAUACACUUGCAAUGAAAUAUUAAUGACGAAAUCUAUUUUGGAUGUUGGCUAAAUUGCAAUUGCACAAUGUUAAGACUUAUUGGUUUGGAGUUUAGACCUGUCUCCAAUGGGACCAAGAAAGGUCUAUUUGUUGUUUUUGAUGAUGCUGUAAAUCACUGGAUUUUAGUUGUCUUUGUACGUAUUCAUGAACCAAACAAUUGAUUCCUUCCAAACUAACCAAUUUCCAUUUCCACUGGCAUUUGUGUUUGGCAGCUAUAACCUGUUUUUUAACCAUUAAACCACAGGACUUAUCUUGACUCUCUUAGUAUCAGAUCAAAAGGAGGGAGUAACCUAAUUUUUAAUAUAAAAGUUUAUAUGAAAGGCACUUUACUUAUCCUUAUUGUUCUCUGAUAUUCCUUUUUGUUACUUAUGGAAACAUAUAUUAAAACCUAUACAGAAGUUUUGGUUUUCUUUUGUCAUGUCUUAAGUGAAAGGAGGAAAAAGAUUGUUACAGGCACUGUAUGUAAGGUUAGGGAAUUAUAAAGCCAUCAUGUAGAAAUGUGGUUGUUGAUAUAUGACAGAUAUAUAUUUGCAUAUGCAUGCAAUAGCAGUGUUCCCACACAAGGGCAUGGGCAGUAUGCCAUAUCCACUUGUGUUCAAUGUUCUUUAUGGAGACUAUUCAAACUUUGUUGGCUCAACUGACAUAUAUAUCAAUAUGCAACCUUCCCCCACCAACUGUAUUAAACUUUUUGAUUGCAAUUCAUAUUAGUACUCUCUCUACAAGUUAUAUAAAUAUAUAUCUGGUCUAAAGAGGAAAUAAAAUUAAAAGGCCUAUUUUCUUGUGUGCCUCUAAAAUGUGGUAGAUAAGUAUGACAUGUUCUGUUUUCCAUUUUGACAUGAGUUUUUGUGGACCUCCAUACUAAUGUUGUCUAUAGAAGCACUACAUGUAACUUGGUCCACUAAAGCUGUUAGUUUUAGCUCUAAUCAAGGUAGAUUUAUAAUGUUUAUUCUCCUGUUAAUAUGGAUUUGUAGGAGACAAUGAGCUAUCUAAUGGUCAAUUGAUGAACUAGUCUUUUGUUUUAUUCCUCAUUCUUUAUAACUUUGUUUUAAAAUUUCAUUCUCUGUAGUGGAGACAGCUAAUUGCAUGCUGCUUGUAAUGUCUGGUGGGAAUAAAUAUGAAAGCAAAAAAAUGCUAAACACCUAUUGGUACAACAUUAGCUACACCAUUUCACACGAUAAACCUAUCGCAACAUGUCAAUUUAGCAGUUGUGAAAGUUAUAUCAUGUUGUGGAAACUUCAAUAAUCCAAAAAUAAAAUAAAAAUCAGGCUUAACCUUAACCCCUUAUUGAAACCUUGACCCAGUUGCCCAAACGCGGUUAGACCUUAUUGCAUGGUGCUUUCAGAAGUCAAGUCAGAAACCUAAACGCAAGUCCAGGGCAGAUACAAAUCAUAAAUGAGUUGACGAGGUCUCUAGGCAAUUUUUUUUUUUUUUUUUCCCUGAAUAGAAGUCACACACAAACACACAAAAAAUUCAGCCUUUUAACAAAUGGCUUAGCAAUGCCAAUGAAACAACAACAAGCUGUUCAAUUGUGAGCUGUAAUUGAGACUUUGAUAGAGCAAAAUGGUAGACAACAAAACAGUGGGGGCAGCUGUUUGAUGGGGCACAAAUUGAUAGCAACAUUUCAUUUUAAAAAGCUGGAAACAAAGCUCCGCAAGGAAAAAGAUUGGAACAUGCUUCUGACUUUAUACCAAUGACAUUGCCUAGAAACUACUUUGUAUUUACUACUAUUAUCCCCCCAACAUUUUAUCCUGAAGCCCUCUUUCUUAUUCAGCUUUUGUGGGUCCUAAUAAUGUAAAUGUGGUCUAGUUUCAUUGGCUGAGCCAUUGAGCUAUAAAAGCUGAUGAUUCUUCAAAGUGAUAAGCCCCAAAUGAUAAUAA